CUCAUCACUCAACCUCCCACGUAAAACACCAUGGCAGCAGCUCAGCACCCCGACCUGAGGGUGCUCCUGCACUCAUUGGUCAACCCAACCUCAAACGAGGCAUACGUUAGAGAUCAGGCUGCCUUGACCGAGCUCUUCAAGCAGCCAGAAUUCUUCAUCGCCCUCCAGGCCUACGCCGCCGACAAGUCCCUCAGCCAGGGCGAGCGUCUGUUGGCCUCAGUUAUUACAGGUCGAGAGCUCAAGACCAAGUGGCGUAGCAAGGCCCUAGUACCCGAGGCUCGCAAGCCCGAGCUCCGAGAACGCCUCUUCACCUUCCUCGAGGAACCAGACUUUGGUAUCGCCCGCCCCCAACUCAGCCUCCUCGUCGCGGUCGCGCGUAUCGAGUACCCCAGACAGUUUCCAACCCUCCCCACGCUCCUCCUCAACCCCCUCCUCACUUGCCUCGCCCAUCUCGACUCCCACCCCCAUUCGACUGCGCCUGGCUCGUCGACCGUGACCGUCCUCCUCAACACGCUCUGGACCAUCAAUGCGCUCGUCAAGGAGUGGCGUACGGUCAAGAUCGCGUCUAGUGUCCAGGUUCUUCAGACCCUCGAGGAGGUAUUCGCCGCCCCAGUCGGGAAGGUCCUCGAGAUCUGGGCCAACAGGGAACGCAAUGGCGAUGACGACUGGGUCAUCGGCGAGGCUGGUCGUUAUGCGUUCAAGAUCCUCGCUCGCUUUGGACAGUGGCACUGGACUAAGGCCAAGGGUUUGCAGUCUGCCAAGGGCCUCGAGCACAUCAAGGUCCUUCUUCACCACUCGGUCCACUACGCCCCCCUCAUUCAGGAGCACCGUCUGCGUCUGCUCCGCUCCCCUCCUUCCCCCACCCCGCCAGAGUACACCAAGCUUAUCCACUCAUUGAUCAAGCACCUCCGCGCGAUUGGCAAGUGGUGGAGGGUGAUGAUUGCGGCGGAUCCCAAGGGCUGGUGCCAGCUCGAGGGUGCCACGAAUGGUGUGGGAUGGUGGUGGGGUGCUGUCGGUGGCGUUGUGGCAGGCAGUGAUGGCGCUGUCUCGAAUGACGAUUCGGACGAGAACCCCUACCCCAAGCGGUUCCUGCUUCUCGGCAUGCUGCUCUUCAAGGACAUUCUCCCUAUCCUCGCUCAUGAUCACCCAGACAUCUUUACCCCGGACUUCAUUCUCGCCGCUCUCCAUCUGCUUAUCGACAAGCUCCUGCCCCUCACCUCGACUGACCUAGAGGGUCUGGAGGAUGAGGCCGAAGAGUGGCUCAUUGCUGAGAGCCACGACGAGGAGGCGUGGGCCUUCGAGUUCCGGCCUUGCGCCGAGCGUGUGCUCAUUGCUCUCAACAACGCCUGUCGCCACCUUCCUGCGGACAGGAAGCCUAUCGAGCCUGAGAUGUUGAGGAUCCUCGCCGAGACCGAGGCCAUCCCUCCGACCGACCUGGCGAGCAUCCUGCGGAAGGAGGCCGUGUACUGCGCUGUUGGUCGUCUCAGCCGAGCUCUCGCUACCCAUGGCGGUGUCGACUUUAAUCGUUUCCUCCAAGGCGUGAGCUCGUGGCUUGGCCAGCCCCAGCCCCUCCUCCGCAUCCUCAAGCGCCGUGUGGCUUGGCUUAUCGGCCAGUGGGUCGGCUCUGACGAGGAGUGUGCGAAGAUUGGCCUGGUGUGGCAGAUCCUCAUUCAUCUCUUGGCCGAGCGUGGCGAGGCCUCGGACGCUGCUGUCAACCUCACUGCCGCCAUCGCUGUGAAGGAGUGUGUUGACUUGUGGGAGCUCGAGGUCAGCUACUUUGUGCCUUACAUCCAGCAGACUGUCGAUGAGCUCAUCAAGCUUCUCGGUGAGGCAACAACAUUGGAUGGAAAGCGCUAUGUCAAUGACACCAUUGGUGUCAUUAUUGAGCGUGUCGAGGACAAGAUGAUGCCGUACCUUCCCACUCUGGCGCAGGCUAUUCCUGGUCUCUGGCAUGGCGCUUCUGGCCUCGAAGGCGAGUGGCUGUUCAAGGCGUCGCUGGUCGUCCUCACGACCAAGAUCGUAGCAGCCGCCAAGGAGUCAUCUGGCAACCUCAUGGAGCUCGUAAUCCCCCUCAUUGAGGAGAGCUUGCAGGAGCCCGCCAAGGCUUUCUUCGAGGAGGACGGCAUCAUCCUGUGGCAGACUGCGUUGUGGAACGCUGCGUCGCCGUACCAGCCUACCCCCGAGACGGGCUUGAUUCGCCUGCUCCCCGGUCUCCUCGGUGCUAUUGGAGAGAACAUGGACCUGAUCAAGCAGCUACUCCCUCUGUUGGACUCGUACCUGCUACUCGACGCGGCAGGCAUCACUCAGAACUUUGGCGGCGCAAUCUGCAACUCGCUUAUGCAGGCGAUCACGACUGCAGGCAAGAACGCCGAAGCGGUUGUGCGCAUCCUCACCACGGUGCACCUCUUGGUUCAGACUGCUCCCCUCGAGUCCCUUGCCCACAGCCUCCUCGAAUCCGGUCUCUACAACCACAUUCUCCAGGCGCUUGAGGACGACAAGGCAUCCGGUACCAUCCUUGCGGCCUACUUGUUCAUCCUUGCGCGUAUUGCGUUACGUGACCCCACCAUCUUCCUGCAGCUGGCAUCGGAGCAGGCGAGGAUCAGCCACCGCGACGGUCACAAGCUGCUGGAGGAGGUGUUUGAUGCCAUGUGGCGCAACUUUGACUAUGUCGCCGAGUCGCGCAACAAGAAGACUAUUGCUAUGGGUGCAGGCGCACUCCUCACGACAGGUCACACCCAGGCCCUCGAGCGUCUCGACGGCGAGUUCAUGAACAUCUUCCUCGAUGUUCUUGGCGACCUCUCGCCUGUGCAGGAUGAUGGCAGCCUCGGCCAGGGCGAGGCCUCGAUCAACCACUGGAAGAACGACAACCCAACACAGUGGGGCGAGAUCGAGCACACGCCCGAGGGAUCUCGCCGCAGCACGCUCGAGGAUGCGGACCCUGCGUUCCACAUCCCGCUGCGCUCGUACGUCGUGGACGUGCUCACGCGCGCGCAGGCUGUCGGCCUUGGCCCGUACUGGGACCGCGCCGACGCGGGGGCCAAGAACAGCCUCCAAAAGUUCCUUGCAUAGGGGGUGGAGAGCGUCGCGUCGUGUGACGAUAAUAUUGCAUAUAUGUCAUUGUAGAUUAAGUAGAGAGUGAGGGUGCAUUGCUCAUGGGGUGAA